AAAGUUAGCGGUAAAUACAACAAUAGUGCGGCGACUGGGAAACCCGCAGCGGAUCGAUGAUCUCUACGGACGGUGAUAAGGUUCGGUACAGAUCUAUUUCGGUCUGUUCGAAUCUCAAUGAAGAGGGCACAGCGGAGGACGGGAGAAGAAAGGUGGUCGGGGAUGUGGACCACCCAAAUAAUGCCGAGAUAAUAACGCCUUAUCACUGUUCAGGGACAGUCGGCGGAUGUUCACCGGGGCAAUCAAUUAGCUGGCACGAACUGAAAAUUAGCAACCGUUGACGUUGACCGUCGAUAGUAGCCCUACGACACCCCUCUUCGCAGACGAAUCUCCCGUUGUCUCUCUGCGCCCCCAGCCUCCGCCGCCUCUGACUUAUCGCUCAAGCCAAGGGCUAUCGGUAUGCCCCGGUCGCCUUUCCUGAUAGACAUCGCUGGCAACAUUGCUCUGAGGAGUGGAUCGGAUGCGGACCAACACCCUCAGACGUCCAGCGACCGGCGAUCAGAGCCGACGCACCAAGUAUUAAGACUGUGGUCAAACCGUAAUGAAAUCCGAUUUCAUAAUGAAAACCCAGUGCAUACCGCGAUCGUCCGCCUGAUAUUGGCAACUAAGUAUUAUGCUUUCGCUGCUGCCACACCACCCACUCGUCUGCCGCUGCUGCCUGCUGGAGCAGCCGCCGCUGUACCACAGUCUCCAUGACGCUUCUAGUCAAUUGGCUGUGGAGCUGAAGGCCCUAGCUCCCACCCUGCGUCUGGAACCCGGCGACAACCUCACCGACGUGAUCUGCGACCUCUGCCUUCGUCGCCUGUACGACGCCCGCGACUUCCAGCGGCGGUGCGAGCACUCUGAGCAGGUGCUCCGCAUGAGGCACGAGCACUGGAAACACACGGUGGCCGUGGGAGACGCCUUGGCCCUGGACGAUGUGCUCGAAUGCCUGGAGCGAGAAGUGGGCAGCCUGGAGGGACCGAUGGCCAUGCCGCUGCAAACAAGCAAGCCGGUAGCCCAUGUGGCGCCCUUAAUGGAGACCGUUGAUUUUGAAAGCCUGGACUUCCAAGACAGCUCGCCCAGUGAGCUUGGGACUCCCUCGUACUGGGAAUCGUCGGUUGAUUCAGGCAGCCUUAACACUCCGCAUCACCAACCGGAGACUGCCGAGCUCCUAGCAGCCGAACCUCCCACGCCCCCGGAAUCAUCCGAAGAACCGGCUCCGGAACCCGCAGAAAAGACCAGAGAGCGGAGACCCAGGCCGCACCAGAAAAACCCCAAGCCUAAGGAGAAAACCGCUGGUAGCUUGCACCCGCGAUCCUUGCACCCGUGCCCCGAGUGCGAAAAGAAGUUCACUCGCAACUUUCAACUCAAGCUGCACAUGACAGCUGUGCACGGCAUGGGCGAGAUGAGGUACCAGUGCGAGGAGUGUGGCAAAAACUUUGCCUCGCGGCACAGUCUUCGCUACCAUGUGAAGUCGGUGCACUCAACGGAGCGCCCAUUCGGAUGCCAGCACUGCGAGCGACGCUUUGUCUUGCGCACGCAGCUGCUGUCCCAUCUUCGCACCCACACUGGCGAAGCCAAGCCGCGCAUAUUUGAGUGCCAACGCUGCUCAAAGAGCUGGCCCACCAAGUCCGACCUCCGCACCCAUAUGCGCUCCCACAACCCCAACAUGGAGCGGCCCUUCAAGUGCGAUCGCUGCUCGAAGGCCUUCUUCACUCGUGGCCACCUCAACUCGCACCUGCUGGUACACACUGGCGAGAAGCCAUUCGCCUGCGAGUACUGUGACAAGUGCUACCAGAGUGUUGGCAACCUGAACAAUCACAUGGUACGCCUGCACGCAGAGAUCAUCGAGGCCCAGUUAGAGUCAGAGGUUAUCGAGAGCUGAGGCCCACACCCGCAUCCUAGGAAGAGGCUGCAUCUAGUAUUAGGGGCGCUGGAGGGGCAAUUACACCGAGUCCACCAAAAAACUUUUUGUCACGCCCACUCUAACGCCCACAAACCGCCAAAAACUGUCAGUGUUGAAGACUUCGCACUUCUACUAGCUGAGUAACGGGUAUCAGAUAGUCGGGGAACUCGACUAUAGCGUUCUCUCUUGUUUUAAUAUAGCUUAUAUUUGUACUUUUUUCUAUAACUUUGAAUAAAAUACUUUUGCUCGAAAAUGUA